AUGCCAUCCAGCUCCAGAGAGAAACCAGCAUUCAGGAAUUUCACCACUCUUGAGGAGGAGGAAGCAGCAAGAGGAGAUGCCAAUGAUGUGGUCUUUAUUUUGACCAGCUCUUUUCUCAUCUUCACCAUGCAAUCCGGUUAUGGUCUCUUAGAAUCUGGAAUCGUCUCACGCAAGAACGAGGUUAACAUUCUAUUGAAAAACGCUACUAAUGUUCUGAUGGGAGGCGUCGCAUACUGGGCUUUCGGAUUUGCUCUGAGCUUUGGCGAAAAAUAUUCGGAUCUCUGGAUUGCUAUCGGAAACUUUUUCACUACCGCAGAUACUACAGAAAUGGGAAUCGUAUACUCCAAGUUUGUUUUCGAGCUGGCCUACGCCACCACAGCCACAACUUUGAUAUCGGGAGCCAUGGCCGAGCGGUGCAAAUUUACCAGCUACUGUCUAGUGACUGUAAUGAUCAUUUUCGUGUACAGCAUUCCGGCGGGCUGGAUGUGGCGGGAAAAUGGAUUUCUGGCAUCCUUGGGGGCAGUGGAUGUUGGAGGAUCGGGAGCUGUCCACCUUGUCGGUGGAUGUUGUGGACUUGUCGCUGCCACUAUCCUUGGUCCAAGAGCUGGCAGAUACGAUAAAGGGACAAAAGAGUUACCUUUAGGAAAUCCAACCAAUGCGCUUCUUGGACUUUUCAUGCUGUGGUGGGGAUGGUUGGGUUUUAGCGCCGGCAGCACCAGUGGAAUUGUGGAUGACAAAUGGAAGUAUUCUUCCAGAGCUUCCGUCACGACUGUUUUAGCAUCAUCUGGGGGAGGAUUAGUUGGAAUGAUUUAUAGUUUCGUAUUGCGAAGAGGUAUUCAUGACGUUCCGAUAUUGAUGAAUGCUGUAAUGGGAUCUUUAGUGGCGAUAUCUGGUGGAUGCACCAUCGUUCGCCCCUGGGAGGCUAUCUUGAUUGGGGCGGUCGCCGCCUUGUUAGUGCUGCCUUCUGCGCCCCUGCUGGACAUGCUGCACGUUGACGAUCCCACGUGCACGUUCGCAGUGCAUGGAGUCGCAGGAGCUUGGGGUCUUCUCGCUAUCGGUCUAUUUUCGGAAAAGGACUCCAUAAGAAAUUACACUCGGGGCAAAAAUGGGCUCUUCAAGGGUGGAGGAUGGGGUUUGCUGGGGCCCCAAGCUUUGGCUUCUGGAAUACUAAUUGCCUGGAGCACAGUCACAUCCACUUUGCUGCUUUAUCCUUUGCAUAAGUUGGUGGGGCUGCGGAUGCCUCUAGAAGAAGAAAUCCUCGGCCCUGAUUAUGUCGACCACUGUCUGAAGCAUGACGGAAAUGCCAAGCUUAUCCAAAAAUUCAAAGAAAAACGAAGAAGGACAAGGCUGCAAAGAUUUUGA